CUACACUGCUAAAUGACAAGCCACAGCUCUGCCGCUCAGAGAGAGGAGAGAGUGUACAGCAUUUCCCCGCAGUAACUACAGGACACUGUGGAUAUGGCGUGUCUGUGGUGUGUGCUGGUCCUACUGACACUGCUCCCUGCCUCACAGAGCACAGACGCAGGGGUCAAAGUCAGACUAACACAAAAAGCACUGGAGUAUGGCCGACAGAUUGGGAUUAAUGUUUUGCAACAAAAACUCAAAACCAUUAAGGUGCCUGACGUUUCUGGCUCUGAGCAUGUGCCUCCCAUUGGAAAAGUCCAAUACAGUUUGACUGGGAUGCAUAUAGUGAGUGUUGGGUUGCCCCAGUCUGCUGUGGGGCUGGUGCCUGGCACUGCUGUCAGUUUUUCCAUUGGAAAUGCCUUCAUCAACAUGCACGGCAACUGGAGAGUCAAAUACUUAAAGUUCAUAAAGGACAGUGGCUCUUUCGACCUGAGUGUGAACGACUUGACCAUCACCACUAGCAUUGCCAUUCGGAGUGAUGAGACUGGACGCCCAUCUGUCAGUAGUGCCAGUUGUUCAGCAACUGUGGGCAGUGCUAAAAUCAAGUUCCACGGUGGGGCCAGCUGGUUAUACAACCUCUUCACUUCCUUUAUUGAUAAGGCCCUACGCAAAACCAUGGAGAAACAGAUCUGCCCCUUGGUGGCUGAGACAAUUGAAGAUAUGAACUCCCAUCUGAAAACAUGAAAUGUUCUGGCUAAAGUGGACAAGUAUGCAGAAAUUGAGUACUCAAUGGUGGCAUCUCCUGUUAUCUCAAAAGAAUCCAUUGAUCUAAGUUUAAAGGGGGAGUUUUAUAAUAUUGGUCAGCAUCGAGAGCCUCCAUUCUCCCCGACAGCUUUUUCACUGCCCCCUCAGGACAGCAGUAUGCUCUACAUUGGUUUGUCUGCUUUCACUGUCAACUCAGCAGCCUUUGUGUAUCACACUGCUGGAGCCCUUAGCUUGUACAUCACAGAUGACAUGAUUCCACCCAACAUUCCCAUUCGACUGAGCACCAGAACAUUCGGAGCAUUUAUUCCACAGAUUGCCAAAAUGUACCCUGGUUUGAUGAUGAAGCUGCUCGUGAAAACAGCAAACGUGCCCAUCAUCACCUUUCAGCCCAACAAUGUGACAGUGCAGGCCAGCAGUACAGUCACAGCCUAUGCCAUUCAGCCCAAUGCUACACUCUCUCCUCUAUUUGUACUCAACCUGGAUGCCAGUGUCAGUGCUCGCAUUUAUGUGACCGGUCUGAAAGUGGCUGGAUCUGUGACUCUAAACAGCAUUGACAUGACCUUAGGAACAAGCUAUGUGGGACCAUUCCAGGUGAAAUCACUUGACAACAUUUUUAUGAUGGUCCUGAAAAUGGCAGUUCUACCCAAGGUUAACGCUUACCUAGGGAAAGGUUAUCCUUUGCCCUCUAUCGGAAAAAUGAAUCUGAUCAACGCUGAGCUCCAGGUGCUGAAGGACUACACACUGAUUGGGACGGACUUAAAAUUCACUGGAUGAGGCUCAUCUGAGGUCAUUCCACUACAACAUGCCUAAGAUCAAUGCUCACAAAUCAGCCAAUUAAACAUUAGCUAAGGCAUUCUCACUGUGAGGGCCAAUUAGUAAAUAAUCAGCCAUGCACUUUUAAACUCUUU